AGAAAGUGCCUCUGCUCCACGAAACCACAGAAUUUCACCGGUGUCUUGGAAUUCCUCCUCCUAGGGCUCUCAGAGGAUCCAGAACUGCAGCCUCUAACUUUCCUCCUGUUCCUGUCCAUGUACCUGGUCACCGUGCUGGGGAAUCUACUCAUCAUCCUGACAACCAGCUCUGACUCCCACCUCCACACCCCCAUGUACUUCUUCCUCUCCAUUCUGUCCAUGGCUGACAUCGGCUUUACCUCUACCACGGUCCCAAAGAUGAUUUUGGACAUUCAGACUCACAGCAGAGUCAUCUCCUAUAUGGGAUGCCUGAUUCAGUUGUCUCUCUUUAAUCUUUUCGGAUGUUUGGACAGUGCACUUCUGAGUGUCAUGGCCUACGAUCGGUUUGUAGCUAUCUGUUAUCCCCUGCACUACCAGGUCAUCAUGAACCCCCGCCUCUGUAGCCUGCUGGUCCUGGGGUCUUUUCUGUUCAGUCUUUUGGACUCCCAGCUGCACUGUGUGAUGAUGUCACAUCUUACCUUUUGUACCAAAGUGGAAAUUCCUCAUUUCUUCUGUGACCCUCCUCAACUCCUCAAGCUUGCCUGUGAUGAUACCUCCACCCAUAAAGUAAUGAUGUACUUCAUUGGUGCCAUCUUUGGUGGAAUUCCCCUUUCAGGCAUCCUUUUCUCUUAUUCACAAAUACUUCCCUCCAUUCUGAGAGGCCCCUUAUCAGGUGGGAGGUACAAAGCGUUCUCCACCUGUGGCUCUCACCUGGCUGUUGUUUGUUUAUUUUAUGGAACAGGUAUUGGGGUGUACUUCAGCUCAGCUGUCUCACAUUCUCCCAGAAAUGAUGCAGUGGCCUCAGUGGUGUACACAGUGGUGACCCCCAUGCUGAACCCCUUCAUCUACAGCCUGAGGAACAGGGAAAUCAAAAGGGCCUUACAGAAGCUCUUCAACAGAAGAACCUAA